AGUAAUUAGUGGAGCUUAUAUAACCGAAUCGUAAUUCGAAGGGUGCACAGACCGACGCGAUGAAGGUGUAUAUCUUUCUGUGUUUAAUUUCAGUUGCUCACCUCGCCAAGCUACCACCCAGCUUUCUGAUCUGCAAGAACGAUCCGGAGGAGCUGCCAAAAUGCCUACCCCAAGCCGUGGAAAAGGCCUUAGAUAUCUUGCAGGAACCGAUACCGGAGUUGGGGAUACCAUCCGUGGAUCCGAUGGAGAUCGAAAGCCUGACGUUCGAAGGCGGUAGCGGUACCAUAGUUCUGAAUCAGUACUUGACCAACGUCAAGAUUCACAAUUUGAGAAAGGCGAAAGUGACCAAAGCCGAGUUGAGCGAAAGCGGUGACGACAUUACGCUCGAGAUUGGGGCAUUCAUGGAGAACGUCACUCUGGUGGCGGAUUACGAAAUUAACGGCCACGUUUUGGUGGUUCCGAUUGCGGGCAAGGGAAAUGCCAGGAUAGAACUCGGUAAUCUUACGACUACGGUCACCGUGACCGCGACAAGAGUCGACAAGGAUGGCGAGGAGUUCUUAAAGUUGACCGACGUGGCGGUAGAUCUAGAGCCGAAUUCGGCCGAAUUGGACUUCGGCGAACUGGUCCCGGGCAACAAGCAGAUGAGUGACGAAAUCGGUAAAACUCUCAACGAGAAUUGGAGGGAGGUUUUUGCAGAAUUCAAAGGUGCUUACGAGCAAACUGUCGGCUAUUACCUGAGCGCGGUGGCCAAUCAGUUGUUUGAUAAGGUUCCUAUGGCUGAACUGUUCCCGCCACCGUAAAUUACUUUAUUGAAACCACGCAUUUUAAAUUUGUAAAACUUUAAAUAACAAACGCUAGAGGUCACCUUAA